AUGGGACAUGGGGUGUCUGCACACUUCGCAGAAAAUCGUCAAAAAGAUUCCAGCACUUUGAAAGCUAAAGCAAUAGAGCAGGUUAGAUCACUUAUAAGAGGAGAGGAUCUGCAGGCGGGGGAUCGCUGGACCGGCUUGGAAGAAGAAAAAGAAAAAGUCCAAGCUGAGAUCGAUGCAGUCAUUGGACGUGAUCGACCUCCAUCACUGACUGACAAGGCUCAAAUGCCCUUCACUGAAGCCACAAUCAUGGAGGUGCAGAGAAUGACUGUUGUUGUCCCUCUGUCUGUCCCCCACAUGGCCUCUGACACCACAGUAUUUCAGGGAUACACUAUUCCCAAGGGCAGUGUGGUGCUGGCUAAUCUGUGGGCUGUACACAGGGACCCAAAGGUGUGGGAAAAGCCCAAUGAUUUUAAUCCCAGCCGCUUUUUAGAUGAACAUGGACAAAUCCUUAAAAAAGAAGCAUUUAUUCCAUUUGGCAUUGGUCGACGUGUCUGCAUGGGAGAACAGCUGGCCAAAAUGGAAUUGUUCUUGAUGUUUGUGAACCUUAUGCAAAUGUAUAAAUUUAACUUCGCUGAUGAAACAUUUAAGCCAAUGUUGGAAGGACGGUUUGGUCUCACACUUGCUCCGUAUCCGUUUGAAAUUAAAAUUACAAGCAGAUAGAACACACCAAUUACUGAGCAUCAUUAUUCACUCUCUACAAUAUUAAAAGCAUUUAAUAUAGUGUUUUGAAAAAGUCUUUUGUUUUUAGGUUGAUAACAAACUGAAUUACAUAAACGUUCUUUAACCUUGA